UACUAGGUUUGCUUCGAUUGACGACAGCGAUUUCGAUAGACUUUUAAAAGAUAAGGAUGCCGAAAACACCCAGAAGGCCACGAAAAUGGCAACAAAGAUAUUUCGUACCUAUUUACAAGAAAAGGGUCUAUCUACGGAUUUUGAAUCGUUCGAAACGAGUGAACUGGAUUCCACGUUAAGCAAGUUUUAUGCGGAGGCGAGAACAGUUAACGGUGAGCUUUAUAAACGCAGCAGUUUAUUUUCCAUUAGACAUGGACUUAACAGACAUUUGUCGGUGAAUUCCCAAAAUACAAGGGACAUCAUCCAUGGAGUAGAUUUCCGCAAAUCACAACUGGCUUUCACCGCAGCUACAAAGGAGCUAAAACGCAGUGGCAAGGGAGGGGUUUCCCAUUACCCUCCUAUUGAAAAGAACGAUUUAAAGCUUAUGUAUCAGUAUUUUGAUCUUGAGAACAACGUGAAACUACAGGAAAAAGUGUUUGUAGACAUUGUCUUGUAUUUUGGACGCCGAGGCCGUGAGAAUUUACAUCAGUUAAAGAUAUCGGAUUUCAGUGCCAGGCACGAUGCAGAGGGCCACCUUUACAUUUAUUUAGACAAAGACGAACUGACCAAAAACCAUCAGGAAAACGCUAACACAGCGGAGGGAAGGAUGUAUGCAAUGCCAGAUGAUCCUCUGUGCCCAGUGAAGUCAUUCAUCAAAUACAAAAGACAUCUUAAUCCAAAGUGUGAUCGAAUUUUCCAAAGGCCAAAACGUAAUUUUUCUAGUUCUCAUUAUUGGUAUGACAAUGUUCCUUUGGGACAUAACACUAUAGGGAACUUGAUGGCUGCGAUAUCCCAAAAGGCAGGAUUAUCACAGAGGUAUACGAACCAUUCUUUGCGCGCAACCCUGGUGCACACCCUGGAUUCAACUGGGUUAUUCUCAGGACGUCACAUCAUGAGUGUCACCGGACAUCGCGCGGAGUCCAGUUUAAAAACUUACACAGGCCAGACAGAGCCGGAAAUCAAGCGAAAAAUGUCGGAGAGUAUAUCCAAAACCCUUCGUUCUGAAACAAGUGUUCUUGAGAAAGAAAAUUCAACUACAACUUCUACAAGCUAUUUUGAGGCUUCCGAAUUGAAACUUGAGCCAAUACCAGCAUCAAAUUCACUGUCUGACAUUGACAAUGUACUGGCAGAUUUAUUGAAUGAUCCUGAUGAUUUUGAUUCUAUUUUGAGCAGUGCAGAUUUUGAUUAUGGCCUUCAAAAUGUGGGGGGUCCAUGUAUUACUGAAACGAAUGCUCUGUCAAAUCUGUCGAAUAACUCAGUAAGUAAAACUGGACAAACCACAGUUACAGAGCACGUAGAGAUGUCCAGAACAUCUUUUCAGUCUAUUGCCUCAGGCUUUCCAGUUUUGAAUCUACACAAUUCAUCCAAUAUAACAAUCAAUUACAACAUCAACUUGAAAUGAAAAGGGUUAUAAAUUCUCAAUGUUUUAUUGUACCAUUUUUUCUGUUACAAUGUGUUAAAUAUUGUUGAAAUUUCUUGU